AUGAGCCAUGCUGUUGAGAUGGUUCAGACUGAAGAAGUCUCUGAGACUGGUGAAGAAACUAUAAACGAGAAGGAUGCGGAGGACCUCCAUGUCUCGUCUUGCAAUGAUGAAAAACUAUCCAAAACGUUGGCCGAGUCGUACCCGUCGAUCAACUCGUUCGUCGACACGAAUCGCCUCCAUUGAGUCCGUUCUUUGCUCGCCUCUUUCUCCACUCACUUCAAGUACUACUCGGUCAACGAGGGCACAAUCAAAUCGCAAGCGAGAUUUGUUCGGUUCGCACUGUCCGAAGCCACCGAACAACUCGGAAAGCGCACUUCGUGUCCCAUUUCCCACGUGGACAGAGUGACGACGGUGGAGAACAAUCGGUUGGUCACAGUGCUCGGCAAUGCGGUCCGCAUCGAGCGUCGCAUUCGGGACGGACGACUCAUAAUCGAGUGGGAAGCGGACGGCGUCAAAGAAUAUCAAUACUACGAAAGAUGUACGAAAACCGAGGAAGCUACCGCAGCUUUGUACGUUUUCGCAAUCACGAUUCUGUUCUUGUAUGUGCUCAACACCGUUCCCGUUGUGCUCUUCAAUUUCUUAUUCAGAAUUCAAUAA